AUGGCAGAGCGACUCAAGACAGGGAAGAAGUAUAAAAUCAAAGACUUCCUUGAACGUCUCGUAAAUGGAGCGUUAUCCAAACUUGACUCCUUGGGUUCAGGAAAUGAGGAGGAUGGUGAGGAUAGUGAGAUAGGUGAUUCAGAGAGGGGCAGUGGUGGAGAGGUAACAUGCAUGUCAGAAGAACGAGAUUUGGCGGAUGAGACUGAGGUAGAGGAGACAGUUUGGUUGGAGUACAGGCUGGAUGCCAAGAGGGCCAAUGUCCAGACCAAAGACAUCCAGGAUCUCCUCCAUUUCAAGAUGAAUGUGGCCCAGUGUCUGCACACCUCUGCUGGAGGGAGAAAGGCUCCUUUUCAUACCAUGGAUGCUGCAGCAUCUAAAACUCCUGUGGUAGUGCACUCCAAUGCCACGAUGGCAAACUUUGAGCUGGACUCUUCUUCUGUGGACACUGGGAAGGAGAGCAGCCAUCGCAGAGUUCAAGGUUCUUUCUUUGCAUACGAGGACAUUAACACCCAAAAAGAUGCAGGAGACAGGGAGUGUCACCAAGGUCACGGCGGAGAGGGGACGAGAGUGGAGAGGAGAGCUCUGGUGGCAUGGGAAAGUCACCUCAGAGAUGGCUGCUGUUCGGCCUCCGAGCUCUCCUUCCUGCAGGAGCCCAGCGACGUGAUCGCUGUCAGGGAUCGUCCGCUCAUGUUGCACUGUCGGGUUCAAGGCGACGAACCCAUCAUGGUGACAUGGCGUAAGAACGGCAUUCCUUUACCUACCAGCCCGCGGGUUCGGGUGCUGGCUAACGGGACACUGUUUAUCCAGAGCUUCCAGAAACGCAGAGAUGGGAAUGACGCAGACAUGGGCGAGUACGACUGUGCUGCACAAAACCGCUACGGCAUGCUGGUCAGCCGGAAGGCCAAAGUUCUCUUGGCAUCUCUUCCAAAGUUCCACACGCACCCCACAUCUAUGUCCGUGGAUGAAGGUGGUGUCGCUCGCUUCCAGUGUCAGAUCAACGGAGUACCUGAGGCCAACAUCACCUGGGAGAAAGACAAAGUGCCCCUCAACACCUCUGACAACAGGUACACUCUCCUGCCGAUGGGGAUCCUCCAGGUGACCGGCGUGAGGCAGGUGGAUGCUGGAGUUUUCCGCUGCAUGGCCACAAACAUUGCCAACACUCGAUACAGCCACGAGGCCAUGCUCAACAUCACAGGUGGAGCUCCCAGGACGUACAAGGAGCCAGUGAUCCUGUCCGGUCCUCAGAAUCUGACCAUCACGGUCCACCAGACGGCCAUCUUGGAGUGCAUCGCCACAGGAAACCCCCGCCCCAUCGUUUCCUGGAGCAGGCUCGACGGGCGCUCCAUUGGCGUGGAAGGGAUCCAAGUUCUGGGGACGGGGAACUUGAUGAUCUCAGACGUCUCUCUUCAGCACUCAGGUGUUUAUGUGUGUGCCGCAAACCGACCUGGCACCAGGAUGAGACGAACGGCACUCGGACGACUCGUAGUACAAGCUCCUCCUGAGUUCCUGCAGUGGCCGCAGUCCGUCUCCAAACCAGCAGGGGGCAGCGCCGUGUUCACCUGCGUGGCUCAGGGUGUCCCAGAGCCUCACCUGAUCUGGCUGAAGAAUGGGAAGGUGCUGACGCCGGGACACAACGUCAAACUGACCAAUAAUAACAGCACCCUGGCUCUGACCCGGAUCAGCUCUGACGACGAGGCCAUCUACCAGUGCAUCGCAGAGAACAGCGCCGGCACCAACCAGGCCAGCGCCCGCCUGGCUGUGGCCCAGGCUAAAGACCUGCCGGCGGCCCCUGAGGGCCUCACAGCCAGCGCCCUGUCCACCACAGCCCUGCAGAUCAGCUGGAGCGAAUCGCUCGCCAACGUCACAGAGAGCAUCAUUGGAUAUGUGCUGCAUAUCCGGAAGAUUGGAGAGCCGGACAGUCUGGAGCUACAGGAGGCGAUCAGUAAAGGAACCUUCCAGCACAGCGUGUCUAACCUUGAGCCAGCAACCACCUACUCGCUCUACCUGAAGGCGUACUCACCUUUAGGAGCCAGCCAGCAGUCUAGCACUGUGGUCGCCACAACACUAGGAGGCGUGCCGACUGCUCCCACCUUCUUCACUAAGGUGGUGAACACCAGCGCCGUUCAGGUCCUCUGGGAGCUCCCAAGCAAGGCCGGCAAGGCUGAAGGAUUCAGGCUGUCAUACCGCAGGGUCCCCCAUGCUGACUUUCAGGGGCCUAUCCAGCUGCCUUGUCACAUUAAUGCCCACACCAUCACAAAGCUGGACUCUGGUGCCGUGUAUGAAGUCAAACUGGUGGCUUAUAAUGGAAACGGGGAGAGCGACUGUUCAAAGAGACUGGUGUCACUGGCUGAGGAAGGCGUGAGCGACCCGGCUGCUGGAAACAGUUUGUGUCAGUGCAGAGAAGGAGAAGCCUCGCUGGGCAGCAUCGUCAUCGGCAUCCACAUUGGCACGGCCUGCAUCAUCUUCUGUGUGCUCUUCCUUAUGUUUGGAUAUAGACGAAGUCUGUUUUGCAGCAAAGGGACUCAGGAUAACUGGACUGUACCUAGAGAAAACACGGGACAUAACGGGGUACCUAAAGACGGAGCGAACCGGACCAGGAUGGAGUCAGUGCCUCAGGUCUGUACUUCACAGUGCCAAGUCGUCAUUGAGCAACACAUGUCUGGUUUGCCUGGCACGGUCACUGGCUAACACUGGCUAACAACACCCAACAUCCCUUCCCCCAACCCUCCAACAGCCUCACUUAGA